AUGAAAAUACGUUAUGUGAAUGCUCAGUUUCCUGGCAGCAAUCACGACUCCCACAUAUGGAAUGUCAGCAAUGCUCGUUAUUUUCAUGAGAAAAAGUACCUCGAUGGUGAACGGAACACUUGGCUUUUGGGAGAUGCUGGAUAUGCCUUAGAACCAUUGUUAAUGACACCAUUCCGUACCCCUCCCUCAGGAAGCCCAGAAGAGAAAUGUAAUAAAAUACAUUCAAAAGCGAGAAAUACCGUUGAAAGAACCAUAGGAGUUUUUAAAAAUCGAUUUAGAUGUCUUCUGGGUGCUCUUUAG